AUAAUAAAAAAAGAAUAAACAUAAAAGCGCUCCUCCUACUCCUACUUUCUCCUUCAUCCAACAUUGUAACGUUAACUUCUCUCUCUCUCUCUCUGAAAUUGGUGAGAGACUUGCAAUGGAAUCCAAUCUCUCUGCAAUGGCUGCUAAUCUCUCCAAUGAGGGAAAACCUUACAUUCACGGAAUUUCUGAUGGAAUACCUGCUGGCUGUCCAAGUGUUAAGUUACUAAAGUCAGCAUUUGAUGAAGUCGACCAGCAUUGCUCUCUAGAUAUUUUGCCAAUUCUUUUUGAGGAGGCUCAGCUUCCAGCAAAGUUAAAAUAUCCCUUUCACAGAUCACAUGCCCCAGAUGUAUUUAACAUGUCAAUGCUGCCCAAGGAAGACAAUAGGCCACAAUGGGGUUCCCUAUUGGCCUUGUUGAGCUUCCUAAAAGUUUCUAAUCCAUUUAAAAGUCAGAUGUGCAUGGAUGCACAAUUGACUUGUCAGAACUGCGAUGAAUUACAACAAAACAAUGGAGAUGCUCAUCCCCCAUUCAUCAUGGAGAUAGCUAUUGAGAAGGAAUAUAAUCAAGCACCAGAAUCUGAAGAGGAAGCUGUCGAAAGUUUGAAAAGUGGUGGAGAACUUAGGGUGUUGCAGAGACAGAUGAGCCCAAAAGUAGGUGGGAAACUCAUGCAACUACUAUUCGACCAUGGCACUUCAAAAGCAAAUUAUGGCAAAAAGAAUGAGAUAUUCUACUGGCGGGCAAGCUAUAACAGAGAUAACCCAGUGACUGAGAAAACUUAUGAAACACCAAACAACCGGUGGAGAAGAUGCAAACGCAAUGCCUCAUUUGAUUCAAGAAAAAUCGUUCUCCUAUUCUCAGUCCUAUCUGUAAUCUUGUUGAUUAUUCUGGAGCAAAGUGGUUUUUGUGGUCUGGAACUUAGAUCAAGUUUGGGAACAUUGGUGCUGAUAUAUCUAACAUUGAGAGUUCGGCAAAGUGGUGAUGGUCUCGUACUUGUCUAAAUCGCUGCCUUUUGAAUUACUCUGUAGCUGUUUUGUUUGAGUACUUUUGUAAUGUAUAUAUUGAUAAGUUUGUGUGACAUCGAAUCUUCUGUAUAUGGAUAAUGGAAUUUGUAUUGUCUAUGCCAAUGUUCUGUGAUUUGCAGCAA